GGUAUUUUCUCAAUCAGCUUUAUGAUGGAGUCCUCUAGAAUAGUUUUCAGUUGAAUAUCUUGCCUUCUACAGAGACAGUGUUGGUACACAGUCCUAUACAGGUAAUAGACCUAUUCAGUGAUUCAUGACAGUCCAUUAUUACUUUAAGACAUGAAGGUCAGUCAAUCCAGAAAAUUUCAAGAAUUUUGAAUGUAUCCCUAAGUGCAGUCACAAAAAACAUCAAAUUCUGUGAUGAAACUGGCUCAUCAAACUGAGGACUGACCUAGGAAAGGAAGAAGAAGAAGAUGAAAAGAACUCCUUGAGCCAGGAAACAUAAGAAUGACACUAUCAAGAUUGUUUGGGAUGAGUUGGAUAGCAGAGUAAAGGAAAAGCAGCCAACAAGUUGCCUACCUAGCACCUCUGCGAACGCCUUUCAGACCAUUGUAAAUACAUUCAUGGUGACUCCCUCAUAAAUUUGACCGAGAGAAUACCAAGUGCGUCCAAACUUUUGAUUGGUACCCUAUAUGUAAUUGUAUUACUAGAUGCAUUUUCUGUUUUACAUAAAUGGUAUAAUAAGAGAUCACAACUGUUCAGACAAAACGAUUAUGCCAAAAACAGCUAAAAAAAAAACUACAACUACAAGUGUGAAACUUAAAAACUCAUAUGCAGAUGCAAAAGCAUUGGUAUUUGACAACCUGGAAAUGAAACUCAACAAUCACCUUGGCUGUGAUUGGUUGUUUUUUGUCCAGGUGGGUUGGACUCCUUUUGGAGCACAGGUGUUUAGACCUGUGUCUUUCUUGUGUCUGUGUCUUUGUGUUGCUAAGAAAUUGUGUCUCUGCCCUGGGUAACAUCUGUUGUGACUUCGCUGUUCUUCCACCUUCUCAACGUGUCUUAGCAAGCCCAGACUGAAACAGAAAGCAAGAGUGACAACAAAGAUGGGACAACAACAGAGCACUCUUCAGAAGAAAGGCUACACAAUUGUAGGUGAAACAAAAAAUGGAGUUAUAGCCACAAAAGAUGGUGACAAGUUUUUCAUAAGAACGAUCAAGAUUUCCACAAAUCAGGCAUUAAUCUUAGAGAUUGAAAACUUCAAGACAACAAGUCAUCCUCAUGUCAUGAGCACCGAAAAUUCUUUCAAAGAUGAAGAUCAGAACACUUACUACGUGGUGACGGAGUACUGUCAGGGAGGGAGCCUUGCAGAAAAGAUAGGCGAGAAGCAUCUACCUGAGUCUGAGAUUUUGAGCUGGAUUGUUGAAAUCUGUAUGGCGCUGAGAACCAUUCAUGAAAAAGGAUUUCUUCACAGAGAUCUGAAGCCAGAGAACAUAUUCUUCACUGAAUUUGGAACACUGCUAUUGGAUGGAUUUCAGGAAAUCCAGGGAAAAAAAGGUAAUCUGAAUACUGAGGAAAGUGGAGGAAUUAACUAUCUGGCACCAGAGGUCUUAACACAGGGAACGUAUGACGCUAAAAGUGACAUCUGGUCAGUGGGAUGUAUACUCUAUGAGCUCUGUACUCAGCUGUUAGCGUUCUCUGCAGAGACCCCAGUCAAUCUCAUCCCCAAGAUCAUUUCUGGUCCUGCACCACGUCUCCCAGACAAUUACUCAUCAGAGUUACGUGACCUCUUGGCAGACAUGUUGAAAAAAGACCCUAACUUAAGACCUACAGCCUUGGAGAUUUUGGGGCGUCCCAUUGCUUUAAAAUGUCUCUUAGAAAAGAGCAAAAUGGCUACAGACCACCUUCAGACUCAGUUGGAGAAGCUAAGAUCGGUGGCAGACAGUUUGGAACGUGUGCAUCAAGGCACAACCAUCGGCAGUCUCGCAGGAGGAGUGAUCGGAGCAGCAGGAGGGAUUACAUCCAUAGUGGGUCUUAUUCUGGCCCCCUUCACUUUGGGAGCCUCACUUAUUGUAACUGGGAUUGGAGUUGGGGUGGGAGUGGCUGGUGGGGUCACUGCUGGUGCCUCAAAUAUAAAAAAAAUAGUCAAUCAGUCCUCUGAUCGCAAAGCCAUUAAAAGCAUUAUUAAAGAGUUCAGUGAGAAAAUUAAUGCUAUUGCACUCUGGCUCCAGGAGAUUGGCAACAGUUUACAGGCAAAUGCAAGUCACUCAGGUGAUAUACCCAACAAUGAAAACAACCCUUUCACUCAAAAAAACAGCACAAGGUUUGGCUCAGUGAUAGGUAAGGGCAUAGGCGGCAUUUCUGAACUAACUCGACUACUUCGAGUGGUAAACAUUGGUAAAAUCGCAGCACAAGCAUCCAGGGUGGUACGAGUGGCAGAGAUAGCUGGUGGUGUGCUUUCUGGUUUAUUUGUGGCAGUAGAUAUCUUCUUCAUUGCCAUGGAUGCUAAAGAGAUACACCAAAUUAGACAGACACAGGCAGAUGGUACACCAUGUUCUGAGAUCAUGAAAUUUGCCCAAUCCAUCAGACACGCUGCAAAGGAGUUGCAGAAAGUUUUGGAUGAGUUUAAAACCGUGAUCAAAGACAUCCCUUUUCUUGAGGAUGAGAGAGAAUUGCAAUGGGAUCCAAUGGAAUAAAUGUAAACUAGAGGUUACAUUAGGGAAUGUGUACACCUGUUAUUUCAGAUUCAGAAGAGAAUAUGCAAAGAAACAUUUUGUUAAUCCCAAAAUCAACUGCAGCUUCAGGUUUAAGUUUGCAUUCUUGUAGUACCUCAAUUUCUAUGUGCCUCCUGCAACCUUUGCAUUAGCUUCAAAUAUGAAUAUGUUUCUCUUCUUUUCCAGGAUUACCAGGUUUAUCUAGAGAUUUAUAAACUUUUAUGUAAAUAUUAUGUAACUAUAAUUGUGUACAUUUAGAAUUAAGAUUCCUCUGAAAAGACAAACAUACCAAAUACAUUUUAAAAAAUCAGGAAUGUGUCAAAUAUGCUUUGACUUUUGAGUCAAAAGUGUCCCUACUGAUGCCUUAAAAGAAUUAUGACUCAGAGAUGUACACCA